UUAACACUCGAGCAGUGAAACACCUCCUUCAAAGCAUGAAUAUGUUUGCAAAACUUUUAGCAGUUUGCGCAGUUUUUCUUGUCCUGCUGGAUGACGCAUCUGGAAGCCCAGUUUACCAGCUCCUUGAUUUAGAUGAUGAGAUCUUACAUGAUGACAAGGAAUGUAAAGAUCUACGAGACGACUGCAGUAAUAUACCAGCAAAAGGAGAAGAGCUGAUAAAAUACUGUGAAGUAUGGAAAGAUGACAAAGCAGUUCAAGAAUGCCCGAUGACUUGUGGAAAAUGUAAAGCACCGUUUCCACCUCUUGAUUGCAAGGACGAGCGAGAUGAUUGUAGUUGGAUAACUGAUAACAACCCUGAUGCUGAUGAAUUGGCCAGGUAUUGCAUAGAAUACAGAGACGACAAUGCAGUCAAACAGUGUAAAAAGACUUGUGGAUUGUGUGGAAAGGCUCCAUCACCAACAAAUCUUCCGCCGACCAAGAAACCACAACCAGUGAAGACACCAAAACCUCAGCCAAAGGAAACUCCUAACCCCAAACCUACAAACUCCCCAGUAACUGGGCAAAUCACUGGAUUCCAAAAGGAGUGUCUUGUGGCUCACAACAAAUUACGUGCACUGCACUUGAGUACCCCUCCACUGCGAUGGUCCGCUGAACUCACCUUGGAAGCGCAAAGAUGGGCAAACAAACUUGCCGAUGAAAACUCUUUCAAUCACGACAAAACACUGAAAGACAAAGGUCAAGGAGAAAACUUAGCUUGGUUUUCCCCAGCAAACCGUAUGUGUAAUGGUCCAUCAGACGUUCACUGUGUACAUUGUGGAGAAUUUGUACAGGACUGGUAUAAUGAGAUAGAUGACUACAAUUACGCCACAGCAACAGGUAAAGAACCCUGGUCUGUCUACUUACACUUUACACAGGUCGUGUGGAAAGGUACAACUGAAGUUGGAAUGGCUACCGCUACAAAACACGACCGUGUUGUUGCUGUGGCAAGAUACAGGCAGGCUGGCAACCAAGGCUCAACAGAAGUAUUCAAAGAAAAUGUACAACCACUACACCCUUAACCAAGCAGUGAUGCCAUUCCAACCAAGAACUAYAUCAUAAAAGGGACUUGGCAUUCCAUGUCCACGUAAUUAUUUUGGUGGUUUUCAUUAGCCUUCGAGCCAAACUUCAUAGCUCUUAAUAUUACGCUUUAUUACACAUUAUUAAGCUUUGGUUACUUACACUUUUUUUGCGAGUGUUGACUUAUACACACUCUAGAUAGGUUACGCAUUAUUCAAGGGUUAUUUAAUAAACUACGUCUUUGCGGCUA